CCCCUGUUUCACCCUGCGUUUCCCUCUUCCCCCCACUACCCAAACCCAACAGGCGGCGCAGCAGCAUCGCCACCACCGUCCAAAGAUGGUGAAGUUCCUCAAGCCCGGCAAGGCCGUUAUCCUCCUCCAGGGCCGGUUCGCCGGCCGGAAGGCCGUGAUCGUGCGCGUUUUCGAGGAGGGCACCCGUGAUCGUCCCUACGGGCACUGCCUCGUCGCGGGCCUCGCCAAGUACCCCAAGAAGGUGAUCCGCAAGGACUCCGCCAAGAAGACGGCCAAGAAGUCCCGCGUCAAGUGCUUCAUCAAGCUCGUCAACUUCACGCACCUCAUGCCCACCCGCUACACCCUCGACGUCGACUUCAAGGACGUCGCAUCGGGCGGGCCCGACGCGCUCUCCACCCGGGACAAGAAGGUCGAAGCCUGCAAGGCCGCCAAGGCGCGCCUCGAGGAGAGGUUCAAGACCGGCAAGAACAGGUGGUUCUUUACCAAACUCCGCUUCUAGACGUCGGGCGUCCCUCAUAGUGUCUGAUUUAGUUGUCAAUUUCUUGUACCUGAAACCCUUUAAGGUAUCUCUGUUUUGCUAUUUCCAUGAAGGCUUCGUGCUUGGUAUGGAUCUUGGAGAGGAUUUUGUUAAAAACAUGUCGAUGAUGUUAAAUUAUGCCAAAGCACACAUAUGGUUGGAUUUUGUGGAGAAUCUGCUUGUGACGUGCUGUUAACCUUC